AUGCACAUGUUGAGGCGGAUUUCUCCGACGUAUCGGAGAUGGGCGCAGUGGCUCUGGGUAGCGGCCUGUUGCUGCAUUGUGGGCGGACAGGACCCGCAUGCGCAUCCGGAUAAAAGUGUGGACGACCCGACUACGAAUCGACAUAUUACAGCAGACCAGUUGAAGCGACAGACCGAGGUGGUUGAGUUCGUGUGUGUAGCUGGCCUCACACUGUACUGCUGGGAGUAUCUCAUGACACUAGGUCGCGAAAUAUCUAUGUGGCUUCAUCCUCGCCGUUUGCUUCAUCCUCAAGUCAUACUGUUUCUGCUCAUUCGGUACGCCACGGUCCCAGCCCUGGUGGUCACAUCAUACAGCACGUGGGGCCAUUUUGAGAGGGAAGAAGAAUGUAUUAACCACGAGCAACUCACGGUGGCGGUUGUGCAGUUCGUGGUCGCCUGUGUCUUUUCAUGGCGCACCAUCGCCAUCUGGCGCCGCGCAGGAUGGGUCGUCGCUUCCAUGGUCACUUUCACUUUGCUCCUGUUUGGAGCAAGUAUCGGUCUCCUCUACUUCUCUCACGAAUCACUUCUUGCUUCGGGUGCUUGUCGGCCCUCCUAUGACCAAAACAGCGAUCCUGAUUCGGUCAGUGACGUGAAUACGGUCAUGUGGUUCUACUUGAUUGGGAUGAUCUUCGACACGACGGCGGUGGUUCUGUCCACCUACAAACUCGUUGUGUAUGCUAACAUGGGCCGCCAAAUCCAGAAAAUCACGUUCCGCGACCCAUUCGAGAUGCAUCGACAGCAGCUUGCAAAAGGCGAAUCUGUGUCGAAUCCAGGCUUGAAUGACAUCGACCCGUUCGAAUCUCAAACUCACUCGCCACCAACCGCGUAUCGUCGCCUUAGCGAUGCAUUCACGGCAGUUCUCUUCUCACCCGUGCGAGCCACUAACAACGUCUUUACCUGGUGGUACUCGCUCACACCACUCGUGGCUCGCCUCCUGCGAAACGGCAUUUUCUACUUUGUGGUAGCCACCGCCUACAACCUCAACAACUUUAUCCACGAAGCGAAAAAAUCGCUCCACUCCAAGAGCUUUCUGGCUCUAUACGCACCGCUUAUGUGUGUCAUGUGCCAACGACUGCUCCUUGUAGAGUUCGACGAGGUGUGGACCCCUUAUGAUCCCGACGUCGAAUAUCCAGGUCGUCAGCUGGUUGACCGCAUCAUGCGGCCCAUGCAGUCCGUGUCGCGGGGCAGUCAUGCAGAUUUGGCGCGCUUCGAUCGAUUCGCCUCGGCGCUUGAAGAGCAUCAUGCCUCCAUCAUUACCUCGUCACCCCCUCGCGAGCCUCCGAGAAGCACGGUAUCACCACCGCCCGUUGCACGUGAGAAACAGUGCGAAGAGAACAUACCAUCGUUGCCGCGCUUCAUCUUCCCGACUUCGUCUCCUUUCAGCUCGCAUACCUUCUCUGUGAAUCAGCUACUACCACCACGAUCAGCGAUGGUAGCUGCCGCAACCUCUACGCCCCCACCAAAACUCACCCUAGCUCAAGAGCAGCAGGCCUUGCACAUGGCAGGCAUGCUGUAA